AUGCGUGAUGAACUGGGGUUGACGGAAGUCCGCAAGACCCGGAUGAUCAACCAAAUACGCCAUCAAAUAAAGAUCGAACAGCGUGAGGCGGAGGACGAGCGGCGUGAAGCUGAAAAAGCCGAAGAAGAGACCGAACGUAUCGGAAAGAUCCCAGCCAAGCGUAAGCGCGACUGGGAUGAACUGAAUGAUGUACUCAAGUCAAAGCGUGGCAAGGACGGGAGCACGGCGUUCUCGGCCAUGGAGUACGGACAGCUGCCGAAGCAGUUCCGUACGGACGAAGACUCGGUCAAGUCCGGCGUCUUCUACGAUCUCAUGAACGAGCCUAACGCCCUCACGGACAAUAUGUUGGACGAUCUUCUUAAAGCGAUUGAAAAUAAGAACUGUGUGUACCAGGAUCCGACUAGCAACGAAGCCACCCGCAUCCAGUUCAUGGGCGCGAUCUUCGAAAGCGUGGUGCGCAUGUUUAAGACUGAUGAGCAGUGA